AUGAUUGUCUAAAUAAAAGCCCUGUAUAAGCUAUGGAACGGUUGCUUGGAUCGAAAGAAAUAUAACUUUUACACAGGAUGUACAGCUUUUUCUAAACAAUAGAUAUACAUGGUGCAGAGAUAGUUGAUUGUAGUAAAUAUAAGAAAUUAUAAUCUUGCAUUAAAAAGGCAUUCAGGAAAUUAUUGUUCACUUUUUCAUCUUUGUAAAACUAUUGAGUCUUAAUAUAACAAAUCUACAAGUUUCAUUAGAAAAGCGACGGAAAGGUAAUUAAAAUCUUCAAUAUUUUUAAUUGCACAGUUAAUGUAAAAAGAGAUUCAUGUGUGACUAUUGUAGGUAUUUGCAAUGUAUACUUAGACGAAUUUUACAAACAAGAUUGGUGUCUGGAGAUUUUUUUGGGAUGAAGUUAAUUAUUUUGAUAUUACUUCUACAAAUUGUAAUGCUGUUACAGGUUAAAAAGAUUUAACUAUUGCAAAAUGAUAAGCUUACAGUACUGUUUGUAUAAAUAAAUUUCUCAGAGAUUGUAAUUAAAAUAAGCCCUCAUGCUUAAAGUUACACUUAUGAUGGUGAAGGUGCUUGUACAUUAUACAUCACAAAGAUCAAAAUUUUUGCGGCUGGAAAUCCAUGUUUAGAUAUUGCUUCAUCAAAUUUUAAUUCUCUUACUUAAUAAUUCCAUUUUCUUGAUAUCAAGAAUAUAAUAGUUUUGUAAUGUUAAAGGAGAGAAACUGGGUUUCUUAUAUAUAAUCUUAAUGUUUUGAAUAUUCAAACCAAAUAUUAGGAUGUUAUACAGUUCAAAAAAUGA